UUUUCAUUUGUUCCAGGUAUGGUUCCAGAACAGGAGAGCGAAAUGGAGGAAAGCAGAGAGAUUGAAGGAAGAACAAAGAAAAAGAGAUGGACAAGACAUUGUGAAGAGAGACGGGGAGACAAAGGAAGAGAAGGUCGAAGAUGGCCACCCCCCGAGUAGCUCCCCGGAAACGAACGCAGACGAGGAACUAGCUCGGGAACGAGAAUGCUCCAGCAGGAGUAGCGCCGGUCGGGAAUCCCCCGAGCAGCUCCGGAGCGCCACAGGUGAACCCGAUCCAUCGAAUCCCUCUUCGCCUCGUAGCCCUGCUCCUUCGGUGUCUUCGGAACCACCGAGGCCCAUCCAACCUCCGCCGUUUUCGCAUAUGUUUCCCUUCGGAGACGG